CUAAGGGAGACAACUCAAUCCUUCAUCCUUCUAUUCAUCUUUUUCCAUUUCUGAUCGUCUAUAGCUAGCAAUAGUUGGAGUGUUGGCUGCCGCCGCCGCUGCUGUGGGUUUCGUUAGCUCACAAUUUUUUCUUCCUCUAUUUUGGCAUCACACACUUUCCUUCUUCCUCUCAUAGCUCCGCAACGUUACUGUCUUAGGAUUAUUUGUCUUUCUUGAAAGGCCACUUGCACAGUGCAUAUCCUAGAGUUUCAAUAUGAGUAAAAAUGAGCAAGAAACAUAUAUGGAGUUGAUGGAUGUUCAUGAUGAUGAUGAGCAACCUAAGAAUAACAAGCCGGAAUUGAUUAACAAUGCUCAUGUAACUAUGGAUUCAAAUCAACAAAAAGAGAAAGAGAAAGAGCAAGAGAAAGAUCAAGAGCAAGAGAAAGACAAAGGUGAAAAGCAACUAGAAAAUUCAAAAGUUACAGGUAAAAGAAAACCAACUAGACCUGAAUCUUGGGUAUGGAGUCAUUUUACUUUGAUGGAGGGUUGUGAUCCUGAAUUUCCAAGGGCCACAUGUAAUUGGUGUGGCUUUGAUUAUGCUUGUCAUAAAAAAAGAAAUGGCACUUCUAACAUGGCAACACAUUUAGAAGAAAGAUGCAAGAAAUUUGGUGCUAGAGAUACAGAUCCUAAACAACCUAAACUUUCCUUCCAACCAAAAAAAAAGAAGAAGGAGAAGGUUGUGGAACUAGUUUGAAGGGGGUGACAUUUGAUCUUAAUUCUUGUAGGCAAGCUCUUGCUAGAAUGAUAAUUAUUGAUGAGUUGCCUUUUAAAUUUGUUGAGAAUGAAGGUUUUCAAUAUUUCAUGAGUAUUGCACAACCUCUAUUUCCCCUUCCAUCACGUACUACAGUAGCUAGAGAUUGCUUGAGUCUUUACUUGUCUGAACAAGCUAAGUUGAGGAAUGUAUUUUGUAAAUCAAAACAAA